AUGGCCCGGUUACCCGCCAUGUUCGGUGCAAGCAUGCUCGCUGGACUGGCUUACCUACAGUACCAGGCGACGCAGGCAGGGAACUACGCUAUCGAUGCAUUGAAAAGAGCAGGGGAAACAGUGACCGAUACAUCUUCGAGUUUGUUCAGUGGAGCCAAGGGCAUCGCAGAUCAAAUAGGUGCAGGAUGGCAGAAGACUAAAGACGAUACACAUCUGCCUGAGUGGAUGCAACAGCUUUUCCAGAAGGGCGAAGGCUCUGGUGAUGGGGGCUCCGGGCCAGAAGGUCCGAACCAGUCUCAGACAGCAGCUGCAGCCGCCGCAGCAUCUGGUGCAGCGCUCGGCUUGGAACAGUCAGACGAGGAAGACAAGCGAUCAGAUACUCAAGUCGCUCGAGAUGAUCAAAUGAUGGUCUUGACGAGAAAGAUGAUUGAGAUUCGGACCAUCUUGAACACAGUUGGGCAAGGCGGUGCCUUGACAUUACCCUCAAUCGUUGUCAUUGGCUCUCAAUCAUCUGGAAAGAGUUCGGUUCUGGAAGCCAUUGUCGGACACGAAUUCCUGCCCAAGGGAACGAACAUGGUCACCAGACGUCCCAUCGAACUCACCUUAGUAAACACUCCUGAUGCAAAGGCAGAAUAUGGCGAGUUCCCGGCUUUAGGAUUGGGAAAGAUCACCGACUUCUCUCAGAUUCAACGCACAUUGACGGACCUUAAUCUGGCCGUGCCCGCUGAACAAUGCGUCACGGAUGACCCGAUACAACUGUCCAUCUACUCUCCAAAUGUUCCCGACUUAUCCUUGAUCGAUCUCCCUGGAUACAUACAAGUGGUUGGCAAAGACCAACCUAUUGAGUUGAAACAGAAAAUCGCCGAUCUGUGCGACAAGUAUAUUCAGCCACCCAAUGUCAUUCUAGCCAUUUCAGCUGCGGACGUCGAUUUGGCCAACUCCACAGCGCUCAGGUCGAGUCGAAGAGUCGAUCCUCGCGGUGAAAGGACUAUUGGAGUCAUUACUAAGAUGGACUUGGUGGACGCGGCUAGAGGUGCUGACAUCUUGUCGGAUCGCAAGUACCCAUUGCGGCUCGGUUAUGUUGGCGUGGUCUGCAAAAUACCACAGUCUGCUGGACUGUUCUCGCGGACCGGUCAAAAUGUCACCAGUGCGAUUGUCAAGAACGAAAAUGCAUACUUCUCAGCCCACCCUCUGGAGUUCGGCCCUCAGUCGGAACUCGCUGUCGGCACGACUACUCUACGGCAUAAGUUGAUGCACGUAUUGGAACAAACGAUGGCCGGGAGCCUAGCAACAACUCGAGAUGCUAUUGUUCAAGAGUUAGAAGAAGCCACUUACGAGUUCAAGGUUCAAUACAAUGACAGGCCUUUGAGUGCCGAGUCGUACCUGGCCGAAAGUUUGGACAGCUUCAAACAUUCGUUCAAGGAGUUCAGCGAGCAUUUCGGAAGACCUCAGGUCCGCGCCCUUCUCAAGGAAGUCCUGGAUCAGAAAGUGAUGGACUUGCUCGCCAAGAGAUAUUGGAACAAGCCUGUCCAAGAUCUAGCACCCAUUCAAUUUGAAGCCGAUCCGUUGGCGGAGCUGCCCAAAGCAGACCCAAACUCACUGUACUGGCAACGAAAGCUGGAUGCUUCGACGGGUGAGCUGACUAAAUUGGGAGUCGGAAGACUUGCUACGACGGUGGUAGCUGCAGAGUUACAGAGCCAGGUCGACAAACUGAUAGCAUCCUCUACUUUUGCCGCACAUCCUUACGCACAACGAGCAAUCGUCGAUGCAGCGUCAAGCAUUCUCAACGAUCGAUUUUACAGCACCAGCGACCAAGUGGAGAAUUGCAUCAAACCCUUCAAGUUCGAGAUAGAGGUGGAAAACAACGAGUGGUCCAAAGGACGAGAAAACGCGGGACGUGUCCUAAAGAGCGAGCUCAAAGCCUGCGACGGCGCCCAGAAGCAACUCGAGGACGCCAUUGGCAAGAAGAAGCUAAGAGAUGUCAUGGGAUUCAUUGAUCGGGUUAGAAAAGGAGAUGUCGUUCUAGAAGGCGACGGCACUGGCGGCGCAGGCGGAUUCUCGUCGGCUCUGCUACAGAGAGGCCGAGAGGCUGUGUUCCUCCGUGACCGAGCCGACAUUCUCAAGAUGCGACUGAUGGCUGUCAAGUCCAAACAGUGCGCCAACUUGAAGAACAAGUACUAUUGUCCUGAGAUCUUCCUCGACGUGGUGGCCGACAAAUUGACCUCCACGGCUGUCCUCUUCCUCAACGUCGAGCUGCUGUCGGAGUUUUAUUACAACUUUCCACGAGAACUCGACAUUCGUCUUGGACGGCAUCUGAGUCAGGAUGAGAUCGAGAGGUUUGCGCGGGAGGAUCCCAGAGUGCGCAAACAUCUCGACGUCAUCCGACGUAAAGACAUGCUGGAACUUGUGCUGUCCAAGAUCGAGAGUCUGCGCCAGUUGGAGGGCCGGGCCAAGCAGCCCACUACAGGGGCGCCAGUCGUCAAGGAGAGAGGUCGAUGGAGUUUGUUUUGA